CUUCUAUUUGUAGCAGAUAUGCACCCUGCAAAGUUAUGUCCAACCCAUGUGACAUUGCAAAAAUAGACCUAAGUGCAAAUGUGUCUAAGUAACUUGUCUGAUUGAAUAUCAAAACAACCCCACAGAGCAGAAGCUAUUUAAAAGAUCCCAGGCCUUUUGAUUUACUGAGACUUUUAAAAAGCUGUGGGAAAAGCAAGAGUAAGUCCAGCAGUACAUCCAAAAUGUCAAGAUGGACUCCCAAGUUUUCUUCAAACUCUCUGGGUUCUUUAGAUCGAGAGAGAGCGCAGAUGAGACAGGCCGUUCCUGUGAUCAGCGGCUACCUGUUGAGGAAAGAAGCCAGAGAGAGAGGAACAUAUUCAAGGCCGACUCCGAUGGUGUGCAAAGAUCUUGUUGUCCAAAAUGCCCUGUACACUGGAAAUUUGGAGGCGGUUAAAGAAAUCUUCUCUAGAGGAUUUCCCAACGAUGUGAUCAUCCAACCCCAGGGAGGAGCCAUGCGGUGGAUUGCGAAUGGAAAAGUGAGAGGACUGUGGUCACUGACAUACGAACAGGAGCUGACAACACCGCUGCACAUAACCGCCGGUCGAGGUUUUACCGAAUGCCUCAGACACCUUCUCCUCAGAGGGGCUCGCGUGGACCUGGCACCUGGGGGAAACACUGCCCUCCAUGAGGCCUGCGAAGAGUGCCAGCCAGAGUGUGCCAAACUGCUCCUGCAGUACGGCGCUGAUGUCAGCGCAAAGAACGAAGACGGCCAGAUGCCUCUGCACGUGUGCACAGAGCGCGAGUCGCUCGAGUGUGCCAAACAUCUCAUCGCUUUUGGAGCCGUUGUGAACAGUCAAACCUUAGAUGAGAACGACACGCCUCUCCAUGUGGCGGCCAGGCAUGGCCUUCCUGAGCACGUGGACCUCUACCUACGGCACGGUGCUGCGCUAAACCUGCAAAACGACGACGGACACACGGCGCUAAACGCCGCAUGCUCCCACCCGCAAGACAGCCGUUCUUUAGAGCGCUACGCUCGAGUGUGUCACCUACUGAUGGACGCCGGAGCGGACGUACACAUCAGUGACGCAGACAAACAGACCCCACUGCACAUGGCGUGCAAGAACGCCAACCCUGAAGUAGUCGAUAUGCUGCUCAAACAAGGAGCCUUGGUCAACCAAAUGGAUUACGGUGGCGAUGCACCUUUGCAUAACAUCCUAAAAGUAGUAGCUUAUAAGAUUGACCAUGAGCCCGAGAGGAUCGUUCAGGCGCUUCUCAACUAUGGAUCCAUCAGGGUUUGGCCUGGAGCUCUUCCAAAGGUGCUGAAAUAUUGCUCCACAUCACCACGAACAAUAGAGGCUCUCAUCAACGCCUAUGACCGCCUUAGAAUCACAGAUGCUUGGGUUGAAGCCAUUCCUCCUGAAAUACUUCAGAAACACCAAGAAUUCUUCGAGUCUCUGUUUGCACUACGCAAGACUCCUCGAUCUCUACAGCAUCUGGCCCGUCACAGACUUCGUUCAUUUCUGGAAGGCCGACUGCACACAGUAGUCCCUAAACUGGGUCUACCAACCUUUCUUAGAAAUUACCUAAUGCUGGCAUUUAGAGACUAUGUUCACUGAAAGGGUUACGUGUGUAGUGAUUUAGUUUUUUACUGAUGCUUAAAUGGCCAUAAAGGUGUUUUGUGGAAAUUGUGUGUGUGCUUCAUAAAAUUGUAAUAGAUUUGUGUGAAAAAAUUACUGGUGUUUUUAUAUAUAUAUAUAUAAAUUAUUAUAGCUUGACAGUUGUUUUUUCUUACAAUAAAUUAUAAUUUAUAAUGUAUGUAAUAAGAAUUGUUUUUCUUUCCAAGGAAAUAAAUAAAUAAAAUUUGUUUAAGAAAGAUUUUCACAUUCAGUGCCUUUUACUACAAUAACGAUUAGUUACCAAUAAGCACUCUAACAUUGACACAUUCUUGUUGACUUUUAAUUGUAAAGUUAGUAAUGUAAUAUAUUCAGUAUUCAAUAUUCAGUAUUUAUUGUCAUUUUGUAACAUAUUCCCUGUCAUCUGUCCUCACUCCCCAUCUGGACUACAUCUUCCAUCAUCCUUUGCACCCUGUCAUUCACCAUCUUUGAUUACUGUCUUUACCGGUUCGCUAUCACACAGACUCUAUAUAUACUCAUCAUUGUCUGUACUCUUUGCCCGUCAUUGUUUGAACCUGUUGGAAUGUUCUGUGUUUUGUGUUUACUGUAAGUGUAUGUUUAUGUUUAUAUGAUUAAAAUUGUGUUAUUUGUA